UCAUCGCAUGCGCAGAAGAGUAAACAGGAAGUGGAAAAAAUCGUCGGCAUAAUCAGCUAAAUAUUUUGGAUUUUUUGCGAAAAAUUAACCUGUGAAAAUGGAAUUGGCACAUAGUUUAUUAUUGAAUGAAGAAGCUUUCAAAAAAAUUCCUGAAAAUAAAAGACCAGUAUUUGUAUUUGAAUGGCUGAGGUUUCUGGAUAAAGUUCUAUCUGCAGCACAGAAAUCUGAUAUAAAAGAAAAACAGAAGAAAUUAGUGGAACAAUUAAUAAAUCAAAUUAGUGAAUCUCCGGGUCCGCCAACAAGAAAGUUACUAGCCAGAAACCUCGCCACAUUGUUUGUUGUUGGAGAUUCCUUUGACUUGUUUCAUACGAUCGGCAAAUGCAAUGAUAUUAUAAAGAACAAGGAUGAUUCUCCAAGCUUCCUGCCAACAAAACUUGCAGCCAUUGCUUGCUUGGGAGCAAUGUAUGAAAAGCUCGGGAGGAUGACGGGACGAUCAUUUGAAGAUACUGUACAAAUACUCAUCAAGGCUUUAAAGAAUGCUGAGAGUCAAGGACGCAGUGAGAUAAUGUUGACCUUGGAGAAGGUUAUUGGGGGUCUUGGCUCAGCAGGAGGUGGUAUAUACAAAGACAUAUAUAAGGCAGCUAAACAGUGUAUGACAGAUAGGGCCAUGUCUGUAAGAUGUUCAGCAGCCAAGUGCAUGAUGCAGUUGGUUAAAGAAGCACAGUUUAUGUAUACAGCAGAACUAGAAACAGUUACUUCCCUUUGUUUCCGAGCUUUAGAUGGAUCUAAUUAUGAUGCACGUUGUGCUAUUGGUAAACUUCUUGGUGAACUGCUUUAUUCUGCUCAGUCAGUGAAGACACCUGUGGGUAAAGCUAAGCUUGUUAAAGUAGAAGAUGUUCUAACCCUACUGGCAUCAGGAUUCCUGAAAGGAGGUAUUGGUUUCUUAAAGAGUUCUGGUGAAAUGAUAAAAGGCAGCUCUAAAGAAAUAAACAGAGAAAUCAGAGUGGGCAUUACACAUGCUUACAUAGGGUUUGUAAGAACAAUGGGCGGUUUAUGGUUAGAACGUAACAUUUCACUCUUCCUGAACCAUGUCCUCAACCUGGUAGCCAAUCCUAAGGCCACACCCACCCAUGUGGAUGCCGUCUAUGCCAGGAAGUGCGUCCUAUUCAUAAUGCGAUGUUGUAUCGGUGAAUUAUUGGGAGAGAAAGCUCAGAUUGCAGCUGCCAAGGAAAUCUGCCAAAUUAUAAUCAAACAGAUGAAUACUGUUGGAGAGGCAGCAGUUGACAGUAGCAAUGAUGCCAAGUCACAGAGUAUACUGGGUGGACAACAUGUCCUGGUGUGUGCCCUGCAUGAGUUGGGAAGUCUUGUUCUCAGAUUAGGAACAUCAGCUAGUCCCUUAGUAGCAGAACCAGCAACAGGUAUUAUAGAACCAGUUGUGUCAGUAUUGAUACAUCCCAGUCCAGCCUCGCGACUCUCAGCAUCAUGGUGUCUGGGAUGUAUAGCUCGUGCUCUGCCCUCACAACUGACUCCUCUAUUAGAUCGGUGUGUAGAGAGAAUGGAUAAAUUGAAGAGUUCUCCUGAGGCUGUGUCUGGAUACAGCAGUGCUAUAGCUGCCCUUCUAGGUGGCAUAUACCAAUGUCCUUUAGGAAUACCUCAUGCAAAGGGAAAGCAAUUAUUUAAUUUGGCAGAGGAGUUGUUGAGGACUGCAUUACAGAACAGUAGACUAUCUCUACAGAGAACACAGUCUGGUUGGUUGUUGUUUGGAGCAUUGAUGACAUUAGGUACACCGGUUGUGAAAAACCAUUUACCUAGAAUGUUGUUACUAUGGAGAAAUGCAUUCCCAAGAUCUACAAAGGAAUUAGAAUCUGAGAAAAUAAGAGGCGAUGCUUUUACUUGGCAGGUCACUUUAGAAGCAAGGGCUGGUGCACUCGGAGCUAUGUACAGUUUCUUGCUGAACUGUAGAGAAUUGGUUACGGAGGAUGUUAUCAGAAGAUUACUCGCCCCUCUAGAGUGUGCGCUUCUCAUGUUUUCACAUAUCCCUGGUGUUAUAAAACAGUGUGGUUCCCAGUUGAAGGCCAGUGCUGCUAUGGUUAGGUUACGGUUAUAUGAUGUCUUGUCGUUACUUCCUCCAGAUACAUUUGAGGCUACCUACACAGUAUUGCUUAGAGAGCUGGUGGCCGAGUUUACAUUGACAGAUAAUCCAGCCAAUACAACGACAUCACUGCUGAGAUCACUUUGUCACGUGGACGAUAGUGUUAUAUUAGGAUCAUGGUUACAGGAAACUGACCAUAAAGCUAUAGAAGAUCAGUUUGAACCGGAACGUAAAGUGGAUUCGAAUGUACUGCAACCAAAUAGUGCAUCAGGGUCUGGAGCAUUAGAACACGAUUCACACUCGUUAUACCAAAGAUGUCCACUGAGUGACCCUGUUCCAGGACCUCUGCCAUUAGGUGUGGCAGUUAUUGAUAGUUCUGUCAAGUUAUAUGGAUCAGUUUUCCCACGCGUGGCACACAAACACAGGUUUCAGAUGUUACAACAUUUUAAUGAAUGCAUUAGACAAGCAAAAUCAUUCAGACAACAGGCUGUACAGAUGAAUAUUUUUACUGCAGUGUUGUGUUCAUUAAAGAGUUUGGCUGAUACAAAGACCAGUGUUGGACCAGAUGAAGUUAGACAGGCAGCUUUCAAUCUCAUAUUGGGUGCUUUAGGGAGCCAGAACCCUAUAUUAAGAUGUGCUGCAGGAGAGGCCUUGGGUAGAAUAGCUCAGGUGGUUGGAGAUAGUAGAUUUAUUGCUGAUAUGGCACAAAGUAGCUUUAAUAGUUUGAAGUCAGCCAGAGAUGUAGUUAGCAGGACUGGACAUUCUCUAGCUCUUGGUUGUUUACACAGAUAUGUUGGAGGGAUGGGGUCAGGACAACAUCUGAAUACAAGUGUUAGCAUAUUGUUAGCCCUAGCACAAGAUUCAAGUUCACCAGUUGUGCAGGUUUGGUCAUUACAUGCUUUAGGACUGAUAGCUGAUUCAGGAGGUCCAAUGUUCCGGAGUUAUGUGGAGCCGACCUUGACCUUAGUGUUACAGUUAUUACUGACAGUUCCUCCCUCUACAGUAGAUGUUCAUCAGUGUCUGGGGAAAUGUUUGUCGGCACUCAUAACGUCAUUAGGACCUGAGUUACAAGGAAACAGUGGUUCCAUAGCAACAGCUAGAUUGUAUUGUAUGGUGUGUUGUGCAAUUAUGCAGUGUCAUCAGGACUCUUUAGUCAAUGCUGAGGCCAUCACAUGUCUACAGCAGUUACAUAUGUUUGCUCCCCGUCAUGUCAAUCUCACAUCAUUGGUUCCCCAUCUUUGUGAGAAUUUAGCCAGUGGUCAUUUAUUGUUACGAAGAGCUGCCGUAGGUUGCUUACGUCAGUUGGUGACAAGAGAGGCAGGGGAGGUCAGUGAACAGGCCCUUACUCUGGCCGUCAGUGAAGGGAAGGAAGGACAGCCUGACUCAUUUAUUACUGACACAGGAUUAGAGGGGGCACUGUUUGGAAUGAUGGAUACAGAGACGGAUGGUAAAUUGAUAUCUGACGUUCAGGACACCAUUGAUAGCCUGUUGCAAGCACUGGCCACCCGUAACCUCACUCGCUGGCUGAAACUUCUUAAAGAUGUUCUUUCAGCGUCAACAGACACAACAAGUAGUUUACAGGAUGGAGAUAAUGAUUUAGAUGAUAAAGAUUCUGGAGAUGAAGAUGAUGACGAUGAAACAUUUACUGCUUUAGAAGUUGAUGUGACUCAUCCUACUGUAGCUCCUAGAUGGCCGACUCGAGUAUUUGCAACAGAAUGUUUACGAAUGAUUGUAACCGCCUGUGAAGUAGACGACACACAUUUUGAUCUUGAAAAAGCAAGGAACCUCAAGAAUACAACUGGUCAAGUGAAUUACUUAGUGUUACAUCUGUCAGAAUUAGUAAGAAUGGCAUUCAUAGCAGCUACCUCAGACAGUAACCAACUUACACUAGCUGGACUUUCUGCUCUACAGGAUGUUAUUAUGAAGUUUGCUAGGGUACCAGAACCAGAAUUUCCAGGACAUGUAAUCUUAGAACAGUUUCAAGCACAGGUUAGUGCAGCAUUGCGGCCAGCAUUCUCUCAAGACACACCCUCAGAUGUGACAGCAGCAGCUUGUAAUGUAUGUAGUACAUGGAUUGGGAGCGGUGUCGCCAGGGAUUUAAAUGAUUUACGCAGAGUUCAUCAACUACUAGUAUCCUCAUUAGCAAAACUUAACUCAGGAAAAUCACAGUCACAAUUGUACAACGAAAGUGCUGUCACAAUGGAAAAACUAGCAGUAUUACGAGCUUGGGCAGAGGUCUACAUUGUAGCUGUUGAAAGGGAUAAAGAGAAUGAAAAAGGAGUAAAUAAUAAAUCAAAGUUUGAUGAUGAAUACAGCGACAACUCUAGGGAAAGUUUAUUAUCACUUGUCAAACCAGAGUUACCUACCCUUAGUCAGAAUUGGUAUGGAGCUCUCAGGGAUUAUGGUUAUCUCUCGCUUCCCUCAGAAUACUCAAGUCAGCUGCCAUCAGAAGGUGGUACAUUCUAUCAUCCAGAUACAAUAGAGUCAGCUAAGCAGCAUUAUAAACAAUGUUGGCCUUCUAUAUUACAUGCAUUAACUAUAUGGCUGAAAGAGACAGAAUUUACAAAUAAAGAUAAAGAUGACGGCAAUGAGAAGAAUGCUCCAGCAAAUAUGAAUGAUCUUAAUAAAGAAAGGUUCUUCUUACUUCUAGGUAUUACAAUGGAAGCUUUAACCAAUAAUACAACAAUUAUACCUGAACUGAAUUUUAUGUCCCUGUUAAAAGGAUUACAUGCAAUGGUUGUCUCUGAUUGGCCACGUAAAUACAUCGCUGAAGAUCCAGUAUUAUCUGUAGAAAUUCUAACCGUCAUGCAUAGAACAUUCCUAACAAGAGAGAAUUUACAACUUCAUUUAGUAGCUGUGGAUGUAGUUAAGCAAGUAAUCCUUAGUUACACGGAUUUCUUAGAUUCACAGAAAAUCUUUUAUAAAGAGAAAGAAUCCCCUGUGAGUACAGAGAGUAGUACAGAGUCCAUGGAUACCACAGAUAGUAACAUUACAGUUGGAGAAGGAGGUGAAUCAGGGGAAAUUGAACAAGGAAAAUCUCUCGUCUUUGCUGCAUUAGAGGCCUGCAUGUGUGUCAUAUCAAAACACAUCCCUGUAUUGAACCCCUCAGCUCCCACUACUGGUUUCCAGACUCCUGCAAGACGUUUGUCAGACGAAUGUUGUCAGCUGAUGGCUGCAGUAGUGUCUGUACUAGGAGAUCUGCCCAGUCUGUGUUCACCUGCAGGUAGUACAAAUGUCCUGCCUACAGUUUUAUAUUUAAUUACGGGUGUGUUACGAGAAAUGUCUUCCAAGUCUGCCGAGAGGAAAUCACCUGCUGUUGUUAGCUCAUGUUUAUGCACGCUGAAAUCACUUUGUACAUCAUCAUUCCUAUCUGACGACUCCAUCUCUGGACGAUGGUCACAGUUAUUACAGAGUGCUCUCAAAACUGUUCUCAAUAGUGCUAACCAAACUGAAGAGAAACCGGCCAUGGAAGAUGUAACUUUAUUAGGAACUGUUACAAUAUUUUUGUUAUAUGCACCGCCAGAAAUUGUUGACUGUAUGGAUAUCAGGAAUCAAUGUUUGGAUAUGUUUCUAAACACUUGGGCCUCUCAUAUAUAUGAGAUUCAACUUAAAAGUAUUCAGAUGUUUACCUCAGUAAUACAACAUUUAGGUAAAGAGCGUGCUGGUGGCUUCAUUAAAGGAUUCGCUCCAAAGUUAGCCGAAUAUUUGUUACGUGUUAAAGACAAUGUAGCUGUUGUGGAUGAUGAAUUAAAUAUUGUUAAAGCAUCAUUGGGUGCGUUUGAAUCAUUAGUGCCAUUAGCUGAUGAUGAUAAAAAAUUAACAGUGCUGACUAUAUUUAUUCCUAUUCUUGUUUCAUUUCUAUUGGAUGAUUUUGACAGUGCAUCUACAGCGAGGAGAACACUCCAUGAAGAUUCAUUACAACGAUUGAUGAAAAUAGGACCACAAUAUCCAACGGAAUUCCGUACAAUAAUGGCUGGACAAUCUAUUCUUAAAUCAAAACUUGAAAGUGCUAUAAAACUCAGUCAAACAGCAAAACAAAUAGCAGUAUCUAAAUCUAAUUCACAUGACAUUAAAACAACCAGCAUACCAGUCAAACCAACGAUUACACUAAAGACAAAUUUUGGGAAUUAUACAGGCUAAAGAUUACACAUUAGAUCAUUAUUUUUAUACAAUUAAUAACCAUUGUCAUCUUUUAUUAAAGAGAAGUUUAGGGUAGUUGUUGAUGUUAGUGUAUUAGUACUCCAGGAUCUGGGGCAUUCGGGGUAAUAUUUUCUAAAGCAUUCAACAAUAAAUUUUGAUAAGUUGAUAACCUCAUAAGCAAUGAAUGUUUUGUAAUUUAUCUAAAGUUAUUUUAUUGUAUAAUACAAAUUCAAUAAUUUUACAAUACAAACAAUGAUAAUUUGAGGAAUUAGAUUUUUAUGAAAAACAUGGGUCUAUCACAUUAAACACAAAGUGGACACUAAAAAUUCUACUGGUCGUGCAGUUUCAGUAUACAUUUCCUUUUUUGUCAGACAUUGAGGUAACACAAUAAAUCUUCUAGGCUUUUUUGAACUGGUUCAUGGCAUUGUUUUACUGGUUUUUUUUUUUAGCAUGGUGAGUUCAGAUCUGUGAAAAAAGUUGUGUGAUUUGUUAAUGGCAUUUAUUUAAAUUUAUGAUGAAAAACCUAUAUAAUUGAAUUUAUUAGAAAGAACAAAAUCAAUAUCUGUGAUAUGUAAAAAUAUUUUUAUAUAAAUGUAAAUAUGGAUUAAAAAGAGUAUAUAUAAAUUAUGUAAAGAUUGGUAUUAUACAACAGAUUGUCAUAGAACUUUAUAGUUAGGGUAUAUGUACAUAUGAAUUAGGUGCUGUUAUUAUUACGUGGAGUAUGAAUGAUGUUGUUGUUUUCUGUCACAAUGGUAUGUUGCAUAUAUUAACUUGUUUUAUGUUUUCAGAAAAAUCAAGUCAAAUUUGUUUGCAUCUUGGUGGCUUACUUUGUUUUUUGAUGGGGUUUAUUUUUUUUUAUCCAUCUUUAGUUUUCUGUGUAGUGUUUUGUGUACUUUUUUUUUGUCUUGUUAUGCAUUUCUUUUGGCAUUGGUGGUGUCUGUUUUCAAUUACUUUUGGUUUUGAGAACCUUUUUGUCAUCAUCUUCCCCCUUUUUAUUUUUAAUUCAGUAUUUUUUGGGGAGAAACUCUGAAAUUUGCCAAAAAUUUGCCAACAUUACCUCCAGAGUUACCAAUCUUUUUUCCUUCAGUCUAACACUUGGCAUUAAAGUUAUAUUUAGGUUGAUGUGAGAUGUUAUUUUUUUAACAGGAUUAAAAAAAGAGCAUUUUCAUAUUACACAUUGGGCAAUUAAAAAAUUUUCCUAUAGAAAGCACUGUAAAUAGUGCAGCUAGGGGAAAUAACUCGCACAUAUGCAUUUAAAUCAAGUUGUGCAUAUAUUUUGUAUUAUGCAAUUUACAAUCAUAAUACAUGCAAAGUGAAAAUUCCUCAGACAUGCAGAUAUUCAAAACAAUUUUUUAAUAACUUUUGUGAUUUUACAAAGAAACAUUAAAACAGAAUGAAAAGAAAUUAGUGAGAUUUUAUUUUUAUGACAAAUCUGUCUUCUUACUAUUACUUAAACUUAAAGGAAAUCUUUUUUUGUUUUUUAAGACAUUUUUUCUUUCAAAUGACAUUUCAACUUUAAAGUGAUGAUAUUAAAUUUACUAUUGGGGAAAUUAUGUAAGGUGGGCAGUGCAGGUAACUUGACAAUUAAAAUUUUACCUGAGAUUAGACAGUAGUUUUUGUUUCAUAGUACCCAUCUAUUUUCAGAAUGGCUUUUGCAAAAAUUAAAUAUUGGAUAACAUCUGAAAGGUUUAUCUUUUAAAACAUUUAUUCCAAGUUGUGAUCCAUUGUGAAAUUUUUUGAGGUGUGAUAAGAUAUUUAUUGUAUCUUACAUGAUUAUAGCUCAUGAAAGUCUUCCAUUUCAUAUUUAAAAUGUGUGAAAGCUUUAAAUGUUGGUGUUACAUAAUGAAAAUCAUCAUACAUAAUUUAUUACUUUACUUUCUAAUAAUGUGAAAAUGGGUUAAUAUCUAGAAUGUGAUUUGAUUGGUUGUUUGAAUAAAUGAAGUGUCAGGCUUUCAGCUAGGAUUUUGAGGGCUUUAGUCACUUUUGCGCGAGAUGAAAAUCAACCUUUUUUGGGGUAAAAGCAAUGGACCAAAGAUAUGUAUUACUAGCUAUACAUAUUUGAAGGACUUAGGCAUGGGCAGGCAGUUAUUGCAUAAUUUAAUAGAUGUGGUGCUUAAAUAUGAAGAUUAUAAUAAGAUCUAAUAAGGACCCGGAUUUCUAGUUUACAAUUUCACUUCAGUUAUUUUCAGGGGAUAUUCCUGAUCAACAAAAGUUGGGUUCCUUUUUUUAUAAACCAGGAAUCACAGCAUAAAUGAACAUGUAAUGACUGCAUAAUCAUAAUUAAAAUGCGAACUGUCCGCAGGGGAAAACGUUUUGGUCAAAUGACGAAAAACUAUGAUAAAUAAACUGCAAAUUGUGGUCGUUUGAAAAUAUUGAAAUUAAAAUGCCUACUUACCGAUAUUACAGGGAAAAUUAAGUAUGAUGGUCAAUAAUUUAUGAGGUUUAUUAAUUAAAUAAUAAGUGACCCAUCCGAUGGCGAUAAUCACAACUGAUAACACCUGUUGUAAACGUCAAUUAGAUGAGGGUCAUAAACUUGUCAAAAACAUGAAGACAGGUAGAAUUAUAGUUUUUUCAUGCCAAAAUAUUUUUACACUUUUCAAAUUUAAGUGACGAAAAUGAUUUGAAAAACUUUCGUCAUUUUGAAAACUUUUCAUAAAUGACAAAAAUGACGUGCGCUAGCAAAAUAACUGGAAGUGUGAAAUUGUGUUCAAGCGAAAUUGAUUUUUAGCACAGUAGUUUCUUUGUAAUUUUUUUGAAUAAUGAAUUUUUUUAAGUUUUUGUUUAUCGCUGUUCAUUGGUUAAUAUUGAGGUGAGUCACAUGCAAUUGUAUCUUAAGAUACCCAAGAUUCAUUUUUAUAAAUAUUUAUAUCAUAGUUGAAAUCAUUUAUGAAAUAAAUUUUGUUUUGUGUCAUAUUUUUGCAUAAUUUCAUAUGAAUAGUUAUUUCCCUUUUUUAGAAAAAGCGAAAAGAUAUGAGAACUUUUCUUAUCAGAACCAGAGAAAAAUUAAAUUUUAAUUUGCCUUCAUUUACUCUUAUGGUUUUCUUUUAUUUGCCUUUGUUUAUAGUUUAGAAUUGCAUAAAUUUGAAAUUAAUGAAAUGUGUUUUUCAAAACUUUUUCAUGAAAAUGUCAUAAAAACAUUUUGACAUCAUAGAAGUAUGUCCAGUGUAAACAAAUGUGUCUUAGGUAAAUUAUUUUAUUUAUUUUGUGAAAUAUUCUACAGUUCAAGUUUUACCUCAUGUCUGAAUUUAUUGUUUACAUUGGAAUGAAUCCUUCAUAUUAUUUCUAUUUACUUGAAUAUUCCUUUUUCUUUCUAUCUCAUGCCACUCAAUCUUUACAUUGUUGUUUUUUUAUUUUUCAUUUUAAACAUAUAUAUCUUAAAUUCAUAUCUAACAACACAUUUUAAAUUGGUUCCACAUUUUUGGUAAUGUUUGACAGAUAUUUUACCUCAAAGUCAUAUAUUUUUCAUGCAAAAUCCAGUGAAAUAUUUUUUUUUAGAAGUACGAGAAGCAUACUGACUUAUCUUUUUUUUUUUAAUUUUUAUGUGUUACUUAUCCAAGAAUUCCAAUGUUGACAAAUAUUAAACAAGUGACUUAACAACACAUUAUUUCACGAAUGCACUAAGAACUUACAGUCAAACCUGCAAUAAAGGUCAUUUCUAAUCAGCAAAUACCCUGUCUUGUCAGGUCACCAACUGCUUGUCCCACUGUAGUAAUAUCUGCAUUUAAAUCUCAAUUCAAAGGUCUUCUCUAGAAGGUCAGUAUUUUAUGGUCUUGAGAAUGACCUUUAUAUACAGGCUUGACUGAAUUUCAACGACAAAACUAACUUUUUUUUUACAUGCAGUUCAUUAGUAUAAUUACCAAUGUGUUAAACAUGUUUUAAAGAUGUAUUUUUUUAAUUAUUUUAAUCCUGUUUUUUUUUUUUUUAUUAUUCACAAAUACCUGUAUUGUUAAAGGAUAUAAAACUUUGUUGUGUAUAGUAUAUUACUUGAAUGUAAGUAUAAAAUUUAUGUUUAAAUAUUAGUUUACUAUUUGCUUAUGUAAUAUUGUAACAUAACGUGGGCUGAGCUCAUUACUAUCAUCAUAUCAUGUAUUUGUCCAAGACAGUAUCAUUAAUAAAUCUAUGCUACAAGCUG